AUGUUCUCCAAAGCCCUUUUAGCUCAGUCAAGGAUGUUCUCUGUAUCUCUCGGGGCCCGUGCGUCACAUUCGUCGCUAGCUCUGUUACGCCAUGCCAGCUCUGGAAAAGUGUCGAUGCCAUUACAAUGGCAGCGGGCAUUGUCAACGUCGUUAGCGCUGCGUGAUGAAGAGUCACGGUUUGGCGACCAAAACUCGAAGUCAAGGGGCUUUCGGAGAAGCGUUCCGCCUUCGGGAACACUUUACAUAGGAAACCUUCCAUACUCUAUCACUGAAGAAGAACUGCGACAGUCUUUUUCGGAGUUCGGGGAGAUCGUGCGCGUAUCUUUGGGCACCACACCAGAAGGGACCAGCCGUGGGUUUGGACACGUUCAAUUUACCAAUGUGGACGAUGCUUGCAAGGUCGUUAAGGCGGAUGAGGAGGACCCAAUAUAUAUCAUGAACCGCGACAUCCACCUUGACCAUGCUGCAGUCCAGAAGGAGCCUGUGCGCGAACCUUACCACACGCUGUACAUUCGUCCGUUUGGUGGGGUGGAGGACGACUUGCGCGAGAUAUUCAGCAACUUUCAACAUUCCAUUGCGGGUGUGAGAUUACUGAGGGACAAAAUCACCGGCGAAUCAAAGGGAAGCGGGUUUGUGGAAUUUGAGGAUGCCGAGACUGCUACAGAGGCGCUCGAGGCUAUAAAAGAUCCAAAGGACCCUUUGACGGGUAGGCAGAUGGUCAUCAAAUAUGCAAGGCCUUCUCGUCUCGGUGCUGCUUCUGACCUCAGGAGUAACCCGGAGGGACAAAAGCGGAGAUUCAACCAGAGGGAGAAAGGUCCUCGUCGCAAAAACUCAUACGGUGGUGACUGGAAAGGUUCCCAGCGCACGGAGGAGUAUCGUGAUUCAUAA